CUGUUUGUUUACGCGGGUAGUCAUGCUGCGCCUCCUGCCCAGUCAUAAGUCACAUUAAGAGCCUGGAUUUUAUGAGCAGCUCUCAUUUCUGCCCCAACAACAACAAAGCAUGAAAAUAAGACUUCUUGUGCAUCAGAGAAUGGUCGUAUUACUCUAGUCUCCUAUCUCUAUACUGCGCACUAAGCCUUCAGUUGUUAUAGUUUGAGCCUGUCCUAAGGAGACGGGGUGGGGUGGGGGGCAAGAUCCGCUUCUUCUUCGUCUCACCCUGUGGGGGCACAAUUGCGAAACAUGGUGCUAACUUUGGAAGAGUGAGGGGGCACUCGUCCACCUCAUGGAGCACACGUCCCCCCAGCCCGGGCCCUGCACAGAGUUGUGAGACGUAGGCCCUGCAGAAGUGGUUGCCUUGGAAACGCCUGUCUCCUCCAGCAGAGUACAGUAUAGGGAAGAUCCUCACCAGUUUCUCUUUCUCUUCACCUCCGCUGCUAAUUGGUUUGAGAGUCGUUGACAUCCAGAUUUUUGUCUUCUUCCCUCCCCCGUUCUGGCCACUGAACUCUUUUUGUCCUUUUCUUCUUGGUCGUUGUUGCCAAAGUCGCGUGAUCAUCUAAUGCUGAGCAUCUUGUUGAGGGCUUCUCUGAGAAAUUGAAUCUUUAAGCUUGUUUUGAGAAGAGGCAGUCAAAAAUUUCACUGAAAGAAGGAGCGAGCAAAUACAUAAAAUAGCGCCCAGACCAGCAGUGUCUUAUCACAAUCCACUUCAUGUUGGUUUCCCCCUAUUCCAGUGUUGUGCACUGCAGUGUGAUCCUGUGCAUGUUCAGUUGGAAGCAGGUUUCCCUGAAUUCAGUGGUACUUAUGCUCAAGUUAAGUGUGCAUAGUGCACCCCUAUCUAGGAGAAAGCCCCACUUAACAUUGUGGGACUUCCUUCUGAGUAAACAAACAUGCAUAAGGUUGCACUGUAAUCUUGAGAUUUCCAUGUAAACAUGUUUUGCCAUCAGGUGUUAUCUUAUUUGUUAUCUCAUGCCUUUGUCAGCAGCCUGACAAGCAGAAAUUUAAGUUUUCAUCAUUACUCUCUGUAUCCAUACCCCGUAAAUAAUUGCUUGCUAAAUAUUUGUGUGUCAGGAUCCUGCCAAAGAUACAGAAAUAGGGGCAGUUAAAAGGUGGCAGUCCUAUCCCUUGGGAUCCUGUGGCAUGUUUUUUUUUUGUUUGUUUUUUGUAAUUUUUGUUCCUAAUGCUAAAUUGACACAAAUGCAUCCAUUGAUCCAGUGUGCUAACACAGGAAAGCAAAUUUGCUAAUUAAUGAAUGGCAAUAGCUAUACAGUUGCAGUAAUGCAAAUUUCCCAUUUAAUUUAUGUGUUGUUUAUUUAUUUGUAAGAAAAAAAAUAUUCCUUAAAGCAUGAGUAGGAGGACAACAGCCAAAAAGAGGGACAGCAUGAAGUCUUUAUCUGGACCAAGUUAUUUAUUUUAAAAUUUACAAUCUGCCUUUCAGUCAGUGAAGGUAGUCAAGGAGGCAGAAAGGUUUGUUGAUCUUCACUGAGAUCCACACUUUUCAAUGAGACAGGAUAGCAAAACUUCACAAAUUAAUAAAACCUUCAUGGCCUAAGGCCCACAAACACUAGUCUCUCCAAAAACAUGCUUCAUGUGGUUAGAACCAAGAUGGCAUCAGGAGCAUAACUACUGAGCAUCAUGUGAAUAACACAAUUCUGGAGAUAUGCAUGAUCCUUCCCCCUCCCAGAACAAGCAUACAGAUCACAUAUAUCAGGAAAAUUGUAUGUAUGUUUGUACAUGCUAUCAACUGAUUCAUGAACGAUGUCAUUUGUCCAGUUGUGCUGAACAUGGUCCAGAUGCCUGACCCAAGUCCCUAUCAUGCCAACAAAGAAACCAGGAUUUUAAAAUAAAACAUACAGAUAACGUAUAAAUGGCCUAAACUAAUAUCAGUGAAACAUAGGUUUUGGCCCAAUGCAAGUGUAAUGGGAAACCAUGGUUCCCUAUUAUGAAACAAGUCACAGUCUUGUGUGCUCUCCUCUUCUCUUUCUUUGGGCACAAGAGGAGCAAAGGGAAAGCUUUUAAUUCUGCUUUGAAGUAAACCACAGUUCCAUAUUGCAUCCAAACACAGGAAUGGCAAGGAAAAAACAAACCAAGAUGAAACCCUGGUUUCAGAUUCUGACUUGUUCUCUAAUUUGUAGUUUGAAGUAAACCACAGUUCUUGUGUUCAGACAUUAUUUAUUUAUUUAUCAUAUUUUUAUACUGCCUGAUAUGUAUAUCUAUAGGCAGUGUAGAAAUUUUAAUACUAAAAAUCACAGAUUAAAAUAGAUAAAACAAUAUAAAACAAAUUAUUAAAGUUAAUUCUAAAUAAAAGCUUGCAAGAACAGGAGAGUCUUGAAUUCAUAAUGUGAAACUGUGGCUAAUUUCAAAGUGAAAUUAAAAGCUUCCUCUCUCCUCUCAUGUUCAACAGAGUGGAGGAGGAAUGCAAGAGCCCACAAACCUCUAGGGUGCAUUCAUUUAGUAAGGUUCCUGUUAUAAUUUCAUGGAGAGGAGAGCUGGUCUUGUGGUAGCAGGCAUGACUUGUCCACUUAGCUAAGCAGGGUCUGCCCUGGUUACAUAUUAAUGGGAGACUAGAAGUGUGAGCACUGUAAGAUAUUCCUCUUAGGGGAUGGAGCUGCUCUGGGAAGAGCAGAAGGUUCCAUGUUCCCUCCCUGGCAUCUCCAAGAUAGGGCUGAGAGAGAUUCCUGCCUGUAACCUUGGAGAAGCUCAAGCUGCUGCCAGUCUAGAUAAUACUGAGCUAGAUGGACCUAUUGUCUGACUCAGUAUAUGGCAGCUUCCUAUAUUCCUAUGGUUUCCUCUCAUGUCUGAACCAGGCCAAUAUGUUUUAAGAUUGGAAGCUGUUUGUUCCUAUCCAGUCCUUUAUAAGUUUUUAGACACAAAUUCUAAUUCAGUUAACAGACUCUGAGUAUAUAUUCACAAAUGUAUGGUAUCUUUGCCUUGUCUCAGCAUAAAGUGCACUGCCCAAAUGACAGGAUCCAUUUUCAAUACUGUGGUUUGCACUGAGAUUAACUUCAUGUAAAUAGCAUAUAUAAAGCAGUCCUUUGAUUACUGAAGCAAAUCUCAGUUACGUGGACCUGAUUAAGCAAUUCACUGGGUUACUUAGGAGAUAUUCACUUGUAUAGAGGGAGUGUUCACAUCCAAAGGUGGAUCGACUUUGUUAGCCAACAGUGGAUCUUUUCAGUUUGUUUCCAGGUUAGCUAGAAACAAAGUAUUUCAUUGCCCUAAAGCUGACUUUGUUUUAAAUCUAACAUUUGUAGAGCAGACAAGCAUGUGUGAAAUGAGUGGAAUACUGCCUCAAAGAAAGCAAUAGGAUUUAACUGUACAAUGUUAAAUAAAGCUUGGCUAUAAAAAUAAGAUUUUUAAAAAACACCACAAAACUAUUCAGAGUUCACCGUGAGGCAGGACAGACAUCAGGGAAUAUGCCGUCAGGUCAUAUCAGACCUCCCACAGCAGAGCUGUUAGAACUUCAUGUGUUUUGUGUUCCGGAAGAAGUGUGGAACUUCAAGUUGAAUACAGUUCCUGUGGAUGUUACUAGGAAAUUCUUUUCAGCUGGGUUUAUAAGGGUGUCACCACAUAUGACAUUGAGAACAUUGCGAGAGCAGCUUGGAGAGUGCCUAGGUGAAGAUGUGGUUGUGGAUAAGUAUAUCUUUCUGAAAUGCAUAGGGAAGAAACUUGCAGUGGUAAAAGCAAAGCAAGAGACAGAACUGAAGCUCAAAUCAUUUGCUCCUCCAUAUGCACUUCAUCCAGAACUAUAUUUGUUACCAGGAGUAGAAAGUAUUUAUUUGUCUUCAUCAUCAACUCCAGAGAAACACCACAGUAAUGCAGAAUAUGUGCAAUCAUACACAUCUCAUCAUAGACCACAUAGUUUAGCUGCUUCAAAUCACGAAGUUGGUAAAAAACCAAUUGUUUUAGGGAGUUCGCUAAAAGUUCAUCUCAGUCAGACUCAGGAUGUUUUAGGUAAUAGUUUAGGAUGGAAUGAAACUGAAAAGGAAAGGGUUCCAGUUCAACAUACUAAGCAGAACCCCGAGCAAGAAAAUAAUGAAAGGAUUCAAGAAAAAAAAUAUAGCUUACAAAGAAGGAAAGGAGAAGUCAGCUGUAACACCAAACAAAUGGAAUCCAUUCCAUCUCAUAUACUGCAUGAUAUAAAUCCUGCAAAACAGAACUCUGUAAAAAAGUUAACAUCAGUGAAAAUUCCUCUGAGAAAUCCUCUCAGCCAAGCUCAAGAAAGGCAUAAUACUCCCAGAAAAGUUGAAAAAUACAAAGGAACUGUUAUAUCAUCACUUGUAAAUCAGAUCAAUACACAAGAGGAAAACAACCAGAUUAAAGUAAAUCACAUUCCAUGCAAGACAGAAGAAGAAAUCUCUAUGAUGUUGGAUGCAAAUGAAGAAAAUGGAGACCGUCUAAAUGGUAUUGAAAUAGGAAGACAUACAACAGGGGAUUCUGGGAUCCCAGAAUCCUUGGAAGACAGAGAUGUGGAGUAUUUACCCAGUAAGAGAAGCACCCAACACCCUGGAAUUACAAAGUCUAUUGCUGACACUGAUAUCAUUCAGGACAAUCAGACUAAGGACAAUAACUUAAAUGACCUUGCACAACCAAGUCAAUAUCUUUCCCCUCCUACUCCACCUCUUCUGGCUCUAUCUGUAAAUAGAACACAGGUUCCCAAGAGAAUAUUUUCAACAGAGAGAACUGAGUUAAAUAGACAGCUGCAACAUACCAAGGCAGAACGAAAGCAUCUGGAAAAAACUAGAGAGGAACUGAUUAAAAAAGUGAAAGCCUUGCUUGAACUGAUGAAACUCAGAAGAUAUCAUGCGCGUGAUGCCUGGAAGAAGAAAUACUUUGAAAAGAAGAAAGUCACAGCUUCCUUGGAGGAAGUUUUAAAUCAACUGCGAGAAGAUUUAGAGCUUCACUACCAGAAAAUAUUGACACAGCUAGAAGCUAGGGAUAUUAGAAAAAGACGAAAUAACGGAACACAUAUUGCCAGUUCAAAGAAUAAUGCAAUAAUCCACAUUACAACUCUGCAGCAUGAACUUGACCAGCUAAGGAGAAAGCUAGAUAAUACAAAAAUGAAGCUUAUCAUAGAAAUUAAGAUGAGAAAGCAGGCAACCUCUGAUUUGCAAGCACUGAAGGCAGAACUAGCACACAAGAAAGUCCAGACUUCGUUAAAACUCCAGUCAGAAAAAGAACAAGUUUCCAGAAUGUAAAUAAUACUUCAUCUGUGGUAAGUUCUGGCAAGCCUUCCUGCAAACCCUCCCAGCCUGAAAGCAAAGGAGUACAUCUAACCAUGCACCAAGUUACUAUAUGUUAAUGUGCUGCAGCUGGAAAGCGGACAAGGAAGUUCUAAUUACUUCAAGCAAUACAAGAUGUGAAAUAUGAAAGAGGAUAUUAAAAGUUGAAAACACUCCCAAGAAGCGGAACUCGACUUUUCAUAUGCCAACCUCUGUCUCUACUGAUAUAAAAUUAUUUAAAUCCUUUUAGCAAGAAAGGCCAGAGACCCACUUUAUUCAGGUUCAUGAUUGAUUUAAUAAGUCAGAUUUAGAUCAUUGCUUACUGCAUGUUCAUCACUGCUGUCAACCUUCACAUGACUAGAAAGUUGCCCAUUCAGUCUCAGUGAAAGGCUGAAAUUAAGAGCUGGCUCAAGUGUGUGUAUUGAUCCCUCAAUUACUGAAGCAAUGAUUUGUGUGAAGGUGAUUGCUUUCCAGCAAAAGGUGUGGUGUGGUUGAAACAACCAUGUUUUGUUUUGUUUUGUUUUUUAAUGGAGAUAUGUGUUUUGUCACUGGAGAGGCAGUCAUCACCAGACAAGUUUUUAAAAGUUAUGCAAAAGACAAAAGAUUCACAAAAUGAGUGAUAUGAAAAGGACAAACUCAGCUAUAAAGACUUUUUAAAAAAAAUAAGCAGUAGAAAAUAAAACUAUACAAUUGUUCAGAAAUGAA